GAACUCCUCGAGCCGCGUGUGACACUUCUAGGGUGCAGCCAAACUGUGCUGCAAUGUGAUUCCCAGGAAUCGUCUAGCUGCUCCUACCUUCAGCGGGGAAUAAGGUCAGACAGUCGGGAAUCUCAGAAGCUACCUUGGAGGGAUCCGGGGUGUCCGGGGAAGGUGCUGCGAGUGGCUCGGAAGUGAAGCGUGGCGCAGAAUAGGAAGGCAAGAGGGGGGUCCCGUCCUGUGUGAUAAGAGAUAGCUCCAUUUGCUUGGUUGCCACCGCGGGGCUGACGUAGAAUAAUGGCGGAGCAUCACCAGAUUUCCGAGAGCAAACACAAAUCCUCGCUGACCUCCGCGGCGACGUACUCUGGGAAUGGCCGCAGCAGCACCGCGGCGGCGGAGAGAGACGGCAUGGCUGGCGCCGGGGGAGGUCUGUCCGGCGGCCUGUCGCAGCCGGCCGGCUGGCAGUCCCUGCUGUCUUUCACCAUCCUGUUUCUGGCCUGUCUGGCCGGUUUCAGCUCCAGGCUCUUCGCUGUCAUCCGCUUCGAGAGCAUCAUUCAUGAGUUUGACCCUUGGUUCAACUACAGGUCCACUCACCACCUGACCUCCAAUGGCUUCUAUGAGUUCCUCAACUGGUUUGAUGAACGAGCCUGGUAUCCUCUUGGUAGGAUAGUCGGAGGCACUGUGUACCCAGGCCUCAUGGUGACGGCGGGCCUCAUCCACUAUGUGCUGAACCUGCUCCAUCUCACCGUCCACAUCCGGGACGUGUGUGUUUUCCUGGCGCCCGUGUUCAGCGGCCUGACCUCCAUCUCCACCUUCCUCUUGACAAGGGAGCUGUGGAACCAGGGGGCGGGGCUAAUGGCGGCCUGCUUCAUCGCCAUUGUCCCAGGCUACAUCUCCCGCUCCGUAGCCGGCUCCUUCGACAACGAGGGCAUCGCCAUCUUUGCCCUGCAGUUCACUUAUUACCUCUGGGUAAAGUCAGUCAAAACUGGAUCUGUCUUUUGGGCCAUUGGCUGCUGCCUGUCCUACUUCUACAUGGUGUCAGCAUGGGGCGGAUACGUGUUCAUCAUCAACCUGAUUCCUCUUCACGUGUUUGUCCUGCUGCUAAUGCAGCGCUUCAGUAAGAGAGUCUACAUAGCGUACAGCACCUUCUACAUCUUAGGCCUGAUCCUGUCUAUGCAGAUCCCCUUCGUGGGCUUUCAGCCAAUCAGAACAAGCGAACACAUGGCAGCAGCAGGCGUGUUUGUUCUGCUGCAGGUCUACGCCUUCCUGCAGUAUCUGAAGGACCGACUGACCAAGCAGGAGUUCCAGACACUCUUCUUCCUGGGAGUCUCUCUGGCUGCUGGGGUGGUUUUCCUUUCUGUCAUCUACCUAACGUACACAGGGUACAUUGCUCCGUGGAGCGGCCGGUUCUACUCCCUGUGGGACACCGGUUAUGCUAAGAUCCACAUUCCCAUCAUCGCCUCGGUGUCGGAGCAUCAGCCCACCACCUGGGUCUCGUUCUUCUUCGACCUCCACAUCCUGGUCUGUACGUUCCCUGCUGGCCUCUGGUUCUGCAUCAGGAACAUCAAUGAUGAACGCGUCUUUGUGGCGCUGUACGCCAUCAGCGCCGUGUACUUCGCCGGCGUCAUGGUGCGCCUGAUGCUCACUCUGACCCCGGUGGUGUGCAUGCUGUCGGCCGUGGCCUUCUCCAGCGUUUUCGAGCAUUACCUGGGUGACGACAUGAAGAGACAGAGUCCGCCCGCAGAGGACAGCAGUGACGAGGACGACAGGAAGAACGCAGGAAACCUCUAUGAUAAGGCCGGCAAGGUGAGGAAACACGUUUCUGAGCAGGAUAAGCCGGAGGAGGGCCUGGGCCCCAACAUUAAGUCCAUUGUCACCAUGCUGAUGCUCAUGCUGCUCAUGAUGUUCGCCGUCCACUGCACCUGGGUCACCAGCAAUGCCUACUCCAGCCCCAGCGUGGUGCUGGCGUCCUACAACCACGACGGGUCCCGGAACAUCCUGGACGACUUCCGGGAGGCGUACUACUGGCUGAGGCAGAACACAGACGAACACGCCAGAGUGAUGUCAUGGUGGGACUAUGGCUACCAGAUAGCAGGCAUGGCCAACCGGACCACUCUGGUGGACAACAACACCUGGAACAACAGCCACAUCGCUCUGGUGGGCAAGGCAAUGUCAUCCAAUGAGUCGGCGGCCUAUGACAUCAUGAGGUCUCUGGAUGUGGACUAUGUCCUGAUCAUCUUCGGCGGGGUGAUCGGCUACUCAGGGGACGACAUCAACAAGUUCCUGUGGAUGGUUCGCAUCGCCGAGGGGGAGCACCCGAAGGACAUCAGGGAGAGCGACUACUUCACCCCCCAGGGAGAGUUCCGGGUGGACAAGGCCGGCUCGCCCACGCUGCUCAACUGCCUCAUGUACAAGAUGUCCUACUACCGUUUCGGAGAGAUGCAGCUGGACUUCCGGACCCCUCCCGGCUUUGACCGGACCCGUAACGCCGAGAUCGGCAACAAGGACAUAAAGCUGAAGCACCUGGAGGAGGCCUUCACCUCCGAGCACUGGCUGGUCCGGAUAUACAAGGUGAAGAAGCUGGAGAACCGGGACCGGCUGGAGGGCAAGCUGCGCAGCACCGACAUCCUCAGGCAGAAGUACACCUCCAAAAAGACAGCCAAGAGGAAGCGGGGCUUCAUCAGGAACAAGCUGUCCCUGAAGAAGGGCAAGAAAAUGACCAAGAAGUCUCUGUAGGGAGCUGACCACCAGCAGAUGCAGACUGACAGCAGGACAGGAGACCUUCACCCAGAAACACACACACACACACACACACACACACACACACACACACACACACACACA